AUGGAAAGAAUAGAGGAGAAAGAGACGCUCGGGACUAAAAGUCACCUGAAGAGAACCCCAGUAACAAGGAAAGAGGGAGAGAAUGAGAAUUUGGUGUCAGAGGAACAGGAAAAGGGAGCCUUGGAAGAAACAACGCAGGAACCAGGCGGACGUAAAAUUGGAAAAGGCUGUAAAGGAAGAGAAGCAAGGGAAGGCAGUGGAGAAGCAGGGGAAGGCAGUGGAGAAGCAGGGGAAGGCAGUGAAUACGAGAGCACAGAGGAAAGGGUGUCAGAAGCAGAUACGAACGAGGAAGUGUGGAUUCAGGAAAGCAUGAAGAGCUGGCUAAAAAAAUGGGAGGAAAAACAGAAGGAAGAAUGGGAAGCAAGGAUGUCAGAUCUGGAAGGGAAGGAACUAGUGGCAGAAACGGGAACGAGGAACACAGAGGGAAGGGAACCGGGUGGAGAGGGAUGGAGAUGUGAAGACUGCGAGAGACGGAGGGAGAGGAGAACAGAGGAGUCAGGACCAAGGCAGGGGAAUUUCAGGCAAACGUGGUGGAAGGAUUGGGGAGAAAGUAAUUACGAAAGAGUUGAGCAGGUGGGAAAGGAAAAAGACAGGGCUGAGUUUGAGACGAGAAAAAAGGAUAAUGAGGAGCAAAAAAAGACAACGAAAAGAAGCAACGAAGAGAGAAUUCUAGAAGGCAGACAGGAGACCACACAAAGCCUAGAGAUAAACACAAGUGGUAGAAAGUCGACAGAUAGCGGAACUGAGGGGUGGGGGGAAGGGGAAGGACCACAAGAGACCCAGGAAAAGAUGGAGGAACCCCCUAGAUGGAGAGAGAAGACAGGAACAAGAAGGGAAAGCAGUAGUGGCAGCGAGAGUAUCAAAAAAGGAGGAACUGGAGCGCUGGUUCCAAAAGACUCUGAGAGUAGAAGUGAAAAUGGAAGGGCUAGAAAGAAGGCAGAAAGGAGAAUGGCUGGCCAGAGUGGAAGACUUGGAUCAGAAAAUAAUGGUGAUGAAAGAAAAGACAAGACUGGGAGAAAUGGGUUGGGGGUAUACAUUGAGGACGACUUGACAGAAAGGCAAAGAGUGGUGCAGGCCUGGCUGGAGAAGGAGGCGCGCAAUUGGAGAAGAAGAGGCAUACAAGCAGAGACAGCAUACAACUCGCUAAUGGUGGACAGAGCGGGACUAGAGUGGGAUGAGGAGAAGGGGGAACUGAGACAGAAAGGGCGCACGGAAACACAUUUGGAGGCGAAAGGUAUGAAGAAAAUGCAGGAGAAGUUGAACUCAAAAUUCGAAUGGUUCGGGAAAGAAGCCAAGAGAAUUCAUAAGAGGGGAAAGGCUAGCGGGGAAUAUCUAGUAGGCAUAAGGAAGACAUUGGAAGCAGACUGGAUAGUAGAGGAAUCGGAAUAUGGAAUGAAACUGAGGAUCCAAGAGAGAGAAAUCAGAGAGAGUUACAGGAUGGAAGGAAACGAAGCACCUAGCUGGUUCAUGGACAUGGAGGUGAGGGAACAGGAGGGAUCAGACCAUCUACUGAUCAUAUUCAGGGUGGAAUGGAACGAGGAAGAGAGCAAAGGCCGAAAAAAGAGAGACUCAACAAAAACGACUGAGAUGGAAGGAAGAGAGGGCGGAGGACUUCAAGAAGAUUUGGAGCAAAAGGUGGACAGAAUCAGGAGGAGAGAAGGGACAGAACGUAGGGAAGAGAUGGGAGAGACUGGUGAAGGUAACGACUGA